AGAGCUACCUAAAGGUCUUUAGGAUGUAACGUCACGGCAGUACACCGGUUUGUUAGCAUGUUAGCAUUGUUUAUUACAAAAACGACCAUAAGAAAGACUAAUAAUAAAAAGAUACAUUUAUUAGUUAGAAGAAAGUAACGGUGUAGAGGGGAUCAUGGCUACCGGUGCUGAUGUGAGGGACAUCCUGGAGCUGGCUGGAGGAGACAAUGAUGCAGGACCAAUCAGCAAGAAGGACAUCAUUAACUCUGACAAGAAAAAGGUGAAGAAAAGCACGGAGACUCUGACGUUUAAGAGACCAGAGGGGAUGCACAGAGAGGUCUAUGCUCUGCUCUACUCCGAUAAAAAGGAUGCUCCCCCUCUGUUACCUAGUGACACCACUCAGGGUUACCGCACAGUCAAAGCCAAGCUAGGCUGUAAGAAAGUUCGUCCAUGGAAGUGGAUGCCCUUCACCAACCCGGCUCGGAAAGACGGAGCCAUCUUCCAUCACUGGAGACGAGCGGUGGAGGAGGGCAAGGACUACCCCUUCGCCCGCUUUAAUAAGACGGUACAGGUACCUGUGUACUCCGAGCAGGAGUAUCAGAUGUACCUGCAUGACGACGGCUGGACCAAAGCGGAGACGGAUCACCUGUUCGACCUGUGCAAGCGAUUCGACCUGCGAUUCGUCAUCAUCCACGAUCGCUACGAUCACCAGCAGUACAGAAAACGUUCCGUGGAGGAUCUGAAAGAACGUUAUUACAACAUUUGCGGGAAGCUGACGAAGGUCCGCGCUCCAGCCGGCACCGAACCGAAAGUCUACAUCUUCGACGCAGGACACGAGAGACGCAGGAAAGACCAGCUGGAGAGACUGUUUAACCGAACACCUGAACAGGUGGCAGAGGAAGAGUACCUGAUCCAGGAGCUGAGGAAGAUCGAGACACGGAAGAAGGAAAGGGAGAAGAAAGCGCAGGACCUGCAGAAGCUGAUCACGGCGGCCGACAGCACCACGGAGAUGCGUCGGGGCGACCGCAAGGCCACGAAGAAGAAACUGCCACAGAAACGAGAGGCUGAGAAACCGGCUGUACCUGAAACAGCAGGAAUCAAAUUCCCCGACUUCAAAUCCGCCGGCGUGUCACUGCGAAGCCAGAGGAUGAAGUUACCAAGCUCAGUAGGACAGAAGAAGAUCAAAGCCAUUGAGCAAAUCCUCACAGAGCAGACAGUGGACCUGAACCCCAUGCCCACUGAGGAUAUAGUGGCGAUGUUUAACGAGCUGCGCAGUGACCUGGUGCUGGUGUAUGAGCUGAAGCAGGCACACAGUAACUGUGAGUACGAGCAGCAGAUGCUGAGACAUCGUUACGACGCUCUGCACAAAGCAGGAGGUUCUGCAGCUCCCCACAGUAACGGCACCGCAGGACCCGACUCUCACAGCUGGGCCGCAGGAGUCGACGACAUCAAACCUGAACCUAAAGAACAGAUCAUCGACGUGGUCGGUGCACCGCUUACACCCAACUCGCGUAAACGGAGAGAGUCGGCCUCCAGCUCCUCGUCCGUGAAGAAGAUGAAGAAGCCGUGACGCGGUUCGCUUUCUCAGCUCUGACAGAAAGACUUCCCGAAGCUUCCGUGGUGACGAGAUGAUGGGAGGAAAAGGACGUCCUUUUUUUUGUUUGUUUAACCUGAACUGUUCUCUCAGUAAAGUGCUGCCGCACCUCAUCGUCCCUUAUUCAUCAGGUCAUGUUCCACGCAGAGGCACCAGGUGAACUGUGAGUCACUGUAUAAAUGACCUGAGAGAACCGGAGUGUUCGGGUCAUUAAGAGCAGAAGGAAAGCAGAAGAUCAGAACUUUUUUUUUUGUUUAAACUUCUCCUCCAGUUUCUGGGUAUUAUACUGUACAGUAUGUGUAGCUUCCUGUGACGUGUAGCUUCCUGUGACGUGUAGCUUCCUGUGACGUCCCUCUUCUGUAAUCCCUGUCCCGGAAUACACAAAAUGUCCACCGGACUUUCUCUAUCGUCUGUCUGCUGCGACCGGCUCAAAACAACGGAGCUACGGAGCAGCUAUGAUUUAACAAUUUAAUAAACGUGUGCCAAUUUUUCUGUA